AUGGCUCGAGGUAGGAUAAGAUCAAAGCUACGACUAAGCAAUCUCUAUACAUUCGGAUGCCUUAGACCGAGCACACUCGAAGGCGAAGACCCUCCACACCCACUCCAAGGCCCAGGGUUCACCCGGACAGUGUUCUGUAACCAGCCUCACAUGCACAAGAAGAAGCCCUUGAGAUACCGUUCCAACUACGUCUCCACCACCAGAUACAACCUCAUAACGUUCUUCCCCAAAUCCUUAUACGAACAGUUCCACCGCGCCGCGAACCUCUACUUCUUGGUAGCCGCCAUCCUCUCCGUCUUCCCUCUCUCCCCCUUCAACAAAUGGAGCAUGAUCGCUCCUCUAGUCUUCGUCGUGGGGCUCAGCAUGAUGAAGGAGGCUCUGGAGGAUUGGCGCAGGUUCAUCCAAGACGUGAAGAUCAACGCGAGGAAGACCUGUGUUCAUAAAACUGAUGGUGGAUUUCGUCAGAGGAAAUGGAAGAAAGUGAGAGUCGGAGACGUUGUGAAGGUGGAGAAGGACGAGUUCUUCCCCGCUGAUCUGCUUCUUCUGUCGUCGAGCUACGAGGAUGGGAUCUGCUACGUGGAGACUAUGAACUUGGACGGCGAAACGAACCUGAAAGUGAAAAGGUCUUUGGAAGCAUCCUUGGCUCUCGAUGACGACGUGUCUUUCGGAAACUUCGCAGCGACUAUUCGCUGCGAAGAUCCGAACCCGAAUCUCUACACAUUCGUAGGGAACUUGGAGUACGAGCGCCAGACCUUUCCUCUAUCUCCCAAUCAUAUUCUGUUACGAGACUCGAAGCUUAGGAACACAGCUUACGUCUACGGAGUCGUUGUCUUCACAGGGCACGACACUAAAGUGAUGCAGAACUCAACGAAGUCACCUUCCAAAAGAAGCAGAAUCGAAAGGACGAUGGACUACAUCAUCUACACGCUCCUCGUCCUACUCAUCUUGAUCUCUUGCAUCAGCUCGUCAGGCUUCGCUUGGGAGACGGAGUUCCACAUGCCGAAGAUGUGGUACCUCCGCCCCGACGCCCCCGAGGACCUAACGAACCCGAGCAACCCGAUCUACGCAGGCGUUGUGCAUUUAAUCACCGCGCUGUUGCUGUACGGUUACUUGAUCCCGAUCUCGCUCUACGUCUCCAUAGAGAUUGUCAAAGUCUGGCAAGCGAGUUUUAUAAACCAAGACUUGCGCAUGUACGAUGACGAGAGCGGCGUCCCCGCGCAGGCGCGGACGUCGAAUCUCAACGAGGAGCUUGGUCAGGUUCAUACCAUCUUAUCUGACAAGACGGGGACGUUGACUUGUAACCAGAUGGAUUUCUUGAAAUGCUCCAUCGCUGGUGCUUCUUAUGGUGUUCGUUCCAGCGAAGUGGAGGUAGCUGCUGCUAAGCAGAUGGCUGUGGAUCUCGAAGAGCAUGGAGAGAUGGUAACGAGUAGUAGAGUGUAUGGUAGUACAUGGGACAGUAGCGGCACGCGUGAGAUAGAGGUGGAAAGUGGAGGGGAUAGUAACAAUAAUCCUAGAGUUCAUGUAAAGGGGUUUGGUUUCGAGGAUAACAGGCUUAUGAAUGGGAACUGGUUGAGGGAGUCACAACCAAAUGAUAUUCUGCACUUCUUUCGUAUAUUAGCUAUUUGUCACACUGCUAUUCCGGAGUUGAAUGAAGAGAGUGGUAAGUACACUUAUGAAGCAGAGUCGCCUGAUGAGGCUUCUUUUCUCGCUGCUGCUAGAGAGUUUGGUUUUGAGUUUUGUAAGAGGACUCAGUCAAGUGUGUUUAUCCGUGAGAGGUUCUCUUCUUCAGGGCAGAUCAUUGAAAGAGAGUACAAGGUUCUGAAUCUGUUGGAAUUCACAAGCAAAAGAAAGAGAAUGUCUGUGAUCGUACGAGAUGAGGAAGGACAGAUUCUUUUACUAUGCAAAGGAGCCGACAGCAUUAUCUUUGAUAGGUUGGCGAAGAAUGGGAGGACAUACUUGGGACCAACCACUAGACAUUUAACUGAGUAUGGAGAAGCUGGGCUUCGUACGCUUGCACUUGCUUACAGAAGGCUUGACGAGGAGGAAUACACAGCUUGGAACACUGAGUUUCUCAAGGCCAAAACUUCAAUAGGAUCUGAUAGAGAUGAGCUGCUUGAGAAGGGAUCGGAUAUGAUUGAAAAGGAACUUAUACUUGUAGGUGCUACUGCUGUGGAGGACAAACUCCAGAAAGGGGUUCCUCAAUGCAUAGAUAAACUUGCUCAAGCUGGCAUCAAGCUAUGGGUUUUAACUGGGGACAAAAUGGAAACAGCAAUUAACAUUGGAUUUGCGUGUAGUUUACUUAGGCAAGGCAUGAGACAGAUCUGCAUAACAUCAAUGAAUCCAGAUGGAGGAUCCCAAGAUUCGAAAAGGGCUGUGAAGGAGAACAUAUUGAAUCAACUCACUAAAGCUGUACAAAUGGUGAAGCUAGAGACGGAUCCGCAUGCUGCGUUUGCUUUGAUCAUCGACGGGAAAACGCUAACUUACGCAUUGGAGGAUGACAUGAAGUAUCAGUUCUUGGCUUUGGCAGUCGACUGUGCGUCAGUCAUCUGCUGUCGCGUGUCUCCCAAGCAAAAGGCUUUGGUAACAAGGCUGGUUAAAGAAGGAACCGGAAGAACCACACUGGCAAUAGGCGAUGGUGCAAAUGAUGUUGGGAUGAUUCAAGAAGCUGACAUUGGUGUAGGGAUCAGCGGCGUUGAAGGCAUGCAGGCUGUUAUGGCUAGUGACUUUUCCAUUGCGCAGUUCCGGUUCUUGGAACGAUUACUCGUCGUCCAUGGACACUGGUGCUACAAAAGAAUAGCUCAAAUGAUAUGCUAUUUCUUCUACAAGAACAUAGCAUUUGGUCUCACUCUCUUCUACUUUGAGGCUUUCACCGGAUUUUCCGGACAGUCAGUGUACAAUGACUACUACUUAAUGCUCUUCAACGUUGUCCUUACCUCGUUGCCAGUGAUUGCCCUUGGAGUCUUUGAACAAGAUGUUUCCUCCGAGAUCUGCUUACAAUUCCCUGCUUUAUACCAACAAGGCACAAAGAACCUCUUCUUUGAUUGGUCGAGAAUCCUUGGAUGGAUGUGCAACGGCGUCUACUCAUCGCUAGUCAUAUUCUUCCUCAACAUAGGAAUCAUUUACUCUCAAGCUUUCAGAGCAGGUGGCCAAACAGCUGACAUGGAUGCUGUCGGCACGACAAUGUUCACUUGCAUCAUAUGGGCGGUCAAUGUCCAGAUCGCGUUAACCAUGUCCCAUUUCACUUGGAUCCAACACGUUUUGAUAUGGGGAAGCAUCGGUUUGUGGUAUCUCUUCCUAGCUCUCUUCGGGAUGAUGCGCCCAAGCCUCUCCGGAAACAUUUACAUGAUUCUCGAUGAGAUUCUUGCUCCUGCUCCUAUCUACUGGAUGGCUACGUUGCUGGUCACGGUGGCUGCGGUUCUUCCUUACGUUGCUCACAUUGCUUUCCAGAGGUUCUUGAAUCCGUUGGACCAUCAUAUCAUACAAGAGAUCAAGUACUACAAACGAGAUGUUGAGGACGCGAGGUUGUGGACCAGAGAGGGUAGUAAAGCGAGAGAGAAGACCAAGAUUGGGUUCACAGCUAGAGUUGACGCAAAGAUCAGGCAUCUAAGGUCAAAACUGAACAAGAAACAGUCGAAUUUGUCGCAUUUUUCAGCUCAAGAUGCAAUGUCACCUAGAUCAUUGUAG